AUGGCAUUAAUCAAACGCUGGGUGCAUUCGUUGCCGCAUCGCGGGUACGCGACGACGAGUGCUGUAUCCUCAAUCCGCAGGCUAAACGUGCCAGUUGAUUUCUCCAAGACACAAUUACUACAUCAUACUAAAGAGACUAUCGCAGGGGCGCCCGAAUUUCCACAGGGAUCGAGCACCUCACGUCUGAACCUCUUCCAGGCCGUCAAUGCAGGACUCAGAACAGCGUUAAAAGAAGAUCCUAAGACGCUAUGUUUCGGCGAGGACGUAGGCUUCGGAGGGGUUUUCCGCUGUACGAUGGGCUUGCAGGAUGAGUUUGGCCCAGACAGAGUGUUCAACACACCUAUUGUGGAACAGGGUAUCGUUGGUAUGGCGAUCGGCGCGGCUGCAGAAGGGAGGAAACCAAUAGUUGAGAUACAAUUUGCCGAUUAUGUUUGGCCGGCCUUCGAUCAGAUCACAAACGAGGCGUCCAAGUUCAGGUAUCGAGAAGGAUCGACAGGAGCCAACGUUGGUGGAAUGGUGAUUAGAAUGCCUUCCGGGGGUGUUGGACACGGUGCCUUGUAUCAUUCGCAGUCACCCGAGUCGGUCUUCUGCCAUGUGCCAGGCUUCAAGGUGGUUGUCCCACGAUCACCUACACGAGCUAAGGGUCUGCUUCUUGCCUCCGUGCUAGAAUCUCAAGAUCCUGUACUCUUUCUGGAGCCAAAGAUUCUGUAUCGAGCUGCCGUUGAGGAGGUACCAGACGAAUUCUACACGUUGCCGAUCGGCAAAGCGGAAGUCCUGAAGCCUGGGAAGGAUGUCACCAUCAUCUCGUACGGUCGUCCACUUUACACCUGUGAAGCUGCCAUUCAGGCGGCAGAGAAGGACUUCCCAGGAGUUCAGAUCGAAUUGAUUGACCUACAGACGAUAUAUCCUUGGGAUCGGAAAACAAUUAUGGAUAGUGUCAAGAAGACCGGCAGGGCAAUCGUGGUGCAUGAGAGUAUGGUAAAUUAUGGGGUUGGAGCCGAGGUCGCCGCCACGAUACAAGAGAAAGUAUUCCUACAUCUGCAAGCUCCGGUUAUGAGAAUCGGUGGACUUACGACUCAUACUGGGUUGGCGUGGGAGAAGUAUGUCAUUCCAGACGGGACAAGAAUAUAUGACGGGAUCAAGCGUACCCUAGAGUAUUAACGGUGUAGUCCAACCACUUCAGUAGAGGCAGUUACUUUUGAUACUUGCUGCAUGGAAAUCCAGUGUACAUGAAAAAA